UUCCUAACCCAGCUGCGGCCUGCAGUUUCCAGAGCCCGAGGUAAAGUCACGGGGACGAUCGGGCAUGCUGGACCUCCAAGCAAGUACGCUCCGCUAUGGAAGGCGAUAAGAGAAGAACCAAAGAUGACACUUGGAAAUCAGAUGAACUAAAGAGGCAUCUUAAGGUGUCUCGAUCGGAUAGUCAGUCUGAAGACAGGAGGCAUCGACAGAGAAAACUACGAGAUGGUGACAGUAAUGAUGCUGAUGAGUAUAAAGUGGCAUUGCAGAAGGAUCAAGACAAGGGCAGAAUAAAAUCAAAAGAAAAAGCAAGAGAAAAAGUGAGAUUUAAAUCAAGUGAAAGACAUAGAGAUGAAAGGAGAGAGAAAGAGAGGGAAAAAGAUCACGCUGAAGAACGAGAGAGAGAGAAAAUAAAGGUGGGCCAUGAAAAACAUGCCAAAGAAGAAAAACAUUUCUCUGGAAAAAGUGGAGAGAGACACAGUGGUAGAGAAAGAGAGAGGAAACAUAAGAAAGAUGAUCCCAAUCAAACACUGGUGCAAAAUACUACAGAGGCAUAUGGGGAAAAGGAUAAAGAACAUUAUAGAAGAAGAGAGAGCAAGGAUCAUGCAGAUCACCCAAAAGUAAAAGAUGAAGAAAGAGAGAGAAAACAUUCAGAAAGAAAGACGGAAGAAAGCAAGAACAAUUUGGGAGAGGUUUCAACCAACAGAGAUGAAGAACGGGAACACAGGCGCAAAUCACACAAGGAACAAGAAUCAGAUAAGGACAGAAAGAGAAAGCAGAGACAGAAGAAAGAACAUGAACUCUCAACUGUGGAAGGAAAAGAGAAGUACUUGAAAUUAAGAAGUCUAGUGUCUGUCAACGAUGGGGAAGAAGGACAUACGUCUAGGAAACAUAAAGAUCGGUCUCACUAUGAAGAUAGGCAUCAUAGGGAGAACAGCGAAAGACAGCAGAAAGAAGACAAUGGAAGAACGAAGAGAGACCAUAAGCACAGUGAACACAGAAGCCAAGGGAAAAGCUCAAGGCAUGAAGAUGAAACAGACCAGCCACAUGAAAGGAAUACAAAAGAAAAAGUAAAGAAACACAGCAAGACUGUAAGAGAGUACGUGAAGCGAGAACCCCACAAAGGUGAUGACUUUUCAGCGGUGGGACCAUGUCACAAAACGCAAUCAAAUGAAGAAGAAAAAGAAGAAAAUGAACAGAAAAAGGGCACUUCUUAUCCAGAUACAGAUUAUGAUUAUUCAGUGAACUAUGAAGAUGAUUUUGAGGACUAUGAAGAUGAUUUCGAUGAGAUAGAUGAUGAAGAUGGCGAGGAAGAUGAAAAUAGUCAAGAGGAAGAAAAAGAUGAAAGAGAAGCAGAAGAAAGAGCAAGAAAAGUUCCUAUAGCCAAGAACUCAGAAAUAGAAGAAAUUCAAAAAGCAAUUAAUGCUGAAAAUGAAAAGAUUGAGACCUUCCUCCCCAUGCAAAGGCAGAAAGAAUUUCUCUCGAAAGAAUGUGAGAAGAAAAUGAGAAUGGAAAGGCAAGGGUCAUCUGCUCAAAGCCCUGUUUCUGGAAAGUUCAUUGAUUUCCAAACUGCCAAACAGCGGCAAAGUAUCAGAAAGAUUGCUGGUCAGCAGAAGAAACGUAGCUCGGAACUUCUUCGACUUAUUGAUCUGGACUUUUCCAUCAGUUUCUGUUUGUUUGAUCUGCCUCCAGUGAAUGAAUAUGACAUGUAUAUCCGGAACUUUGGGAAAACAAACACUAAGCAGGCCUAUGUUCAGUGGAAUGAGGAUAAUCUGGACAGGGAUGUUCAGACUGAGGAAAUAGAGACUCAAGAGAAAUGGACACAGCAUCCUGGAGAAACUGCCCUUGUGUCUGGAGGUCCAAAAAGCAGCACUGAUGUAUCCGCCCUUACACCAAAAAUUGAUUCCCAGAGGCUAGCAAGUUUUCUGCGAUCUGCUUGCCAGGUGAUUGAAGUUCUGCUUGAGGAGGAUCAAGUCGCCACGCAGCCGAGACGGAACCUAAGAUCGCGACCAUCCAGUCUGUCCAUUAGCGAUAGGUGCUUCCAGUUAAAUACCAAUCUUCCUUUCCUGAAUGGUCGGAAAGUAUCCUGUUUGCACAUCUCACAGGCUCAGAGGCAGGCUCUGCUGUCUGUUCAUGGGUUACCUGAAACGUCGAGUGACCUAGUACUGGACAGCAAAUACAUCAUCUGUGUGUGGAAUGUCUGGCAGCCUUCUAGUCCUCAGAAAUUACUGUUUUGUGAAUCGCAGGUGACAUGCUGCUGUUUUAGUCCCAGUAAAGCCACUCUAGUGUUUGCUGGAACAGUGGAUGGUUCAGUGCUGGUAUGGGAUCUCAGGGAAGAUUCUAGGAUGCACCACGGCAUGAAGGUCAACGAAGCAGACUGGACAUUUCGAUCUCCAACAUUUUCUACCGAUGGAGUAUUCGCCUCAGUAAGCCACACAUGUCCUGUACUGACAAUUGAAUCUAUCUCAACAUCUGUCUUCAAGGAGCAGAAUUGUGGGCUGUCCUAUCUCUCAUCUCGAGAAGAAAUGUUAGGACUUUCAUUUCAGAUUGCCUCGAUGGAUGAAAAUGGGACUCUCAGUCUGUGGGUAGUAGUGGAACUUCAAAAAGGGGAUUUGGCUGGCUCACAAAGUGAUUUAGGCUUAAUUCCAGGGGGGAAAAUAAAGUUGGUUCAUAGCUCUACAGUUCAACUGAAUUGCAGCUUUUCCCCAAAAGAUACCCUGUUCCUGGGGGUACCCCAGUCACUGAAUAUUAAAUUCCUGCCUUCAAAUCCUAAUCAUUUUGUUGUCGGAACGGACGUUGCUAUAGUGAGUCAUGGUACAAGGCAUGAACUAAGAGUACCUCCCAAGUGGUUCAAACCCCAGCAGGGAGGACCAAGAUCAACCAGAGUCAAUGCAAUCGACUUCUCCCCUUUUGGAAAGCCAAUAUUUUUGGUGGGCUGUUCAGAUGGGAGUAUAAGGCUGCACCAAAUGACUUCUGAGCUUCCCCUGAUGCAGUGGAACAACAGCACAACAGGGCAGCCAAUAAUUGCCCUCCAGUGGGCUCUGACCAGACCAGCCGUGUUUUUUGUUUUGGAUGCAACGUCUGUUGUGUACAUCUGGGACCUGUUGGAAAAUGACUUGUCACCCGUAGCCAAGCAACCUAUCUGGUCAGAUAAGGUUAUAACUAUGGCUGUUCUGGGUGAGCCUGAAAAACCCAGUGGUCUCCUGGGGAUUGCGCUGGCCAAAGAAUCUGGAAUAAUAGACAUUAAGUAUGUGAAGAAGAAAUGGGCACUACCUCAACUGGAGGAGUCUGAGAAAUUAAACUUACUUUUGCAGCAGGCCUUGUAAAAUCCAGACAAAUGCCUUUCCAUGAAUACAUAAAUAUGACUUCAUCAUUUUAGAUGUAUUUGUUAAUAUUUGGGCUUUAACCGGGCAUCGCUUGGUUAAAAGAGAUUGUUUCAUAUUUUUCCAUUUAUUUUUGUAAAUGCUAUUUAUAUAUAUAUAUAUAUUAAAGUAUCAACACAGUAUUUGAACUUGAAAUAGACAAUAUUUUAUCAAACAUAACACAGAACAAAUAUUCAUGAUAUCAAACCUAAAAAGGAGAUAUUAAUUGUAUUCAUAUUUAAUUCCAAGAAUGUAUUUACUUCAAAUAGGCUAUACACUGUAAAUAUUUAUAGAUAUUUUUAAAUAAAACUAUAAAUAUGCAAUCCCAUGAAA